UUUUGGUUUACACUUGAUCGUUACAUAGUCAUUGUGUUAGAGCGGGAAUCCUGACAGAACAAGGUCGUCAUACAUAAUUUAUUGCUAUAAGUCUUUCAGGAACUAUGACGAGUUUGAAUUUGACUGAUGAUGAGUUGGUUAACAUGACAACAGUUGAUCUUCGUUUGCUACUAGAAAAACAGCGCUUAUCGAUCGAGGAACACAAGGAACUUCGUAAUCGGAGACGUCGUCUGCAAAACCGAAAGUACGCACGCAAAUGUGCGAGCAAAAAGCAGUCGGAAGUGGAGAACCUAGCCGCUCAAGUUAAGGAGGAGGUUGAUGAAAUCCAGACUCUAAGGACCCAGUUAUCACGGACUAACUUAGCGACAAAACAAUUAGAAUACCAAUUACGUCGCAUUACCGAAUUCAAAGAGAAAUGUCUGAAUAGUGAAAGUAAUGGAUUUCAGAUGAAGACAGUUCGCAUGUUGGAUUCUAAUGGUCAACCUGCUGGACUUGCUUACAUUAAUUUGACAUCCUCUUGUAAUUUUUCGAGUCCUAAUGAUCAUGAGGCUAUUUAUCCAAUAGAUAACCAUUGUGAUAUGAAAGAAAUUGCAACUUGUUCAAAGUACAACUCUCUAUCCUCGGGUUCUAGUAAGUACAAAUUCAGUCAAGAAGAACACUCUCCCAACAUUUAUCCACAUCAAACACCUAUGGUUUCGCACUUAUGUUCAGGCCUUGGUUUCCCUGGUACAACUUCUCAUGUACCGUGUAAUCCUCCUUAUCACUUCAAAAAUCAUCUUCAAAUGCGUCUGGUUAGACCUGUUGGUGGAGGCUUUGGAUCACACGGAAGAGGUGUGUCUGAAUACUAAUAUCAAUUACUACUGUCAUUUUAACUAAACACAGCACCAUAAAAACUCAUACUACGGAUGGAAUAAUAUAUUAGUCUAUAUUUAUACAUGCAUGGAUAAAUCCGAAACUUUCCAUUUUACUGUGAUCAACUAUUAUUUCCAUUGUUUUCUGUCCAUUGUUCUAUGUUACCGAUGCAGUUAUGUGGCUUUGACCCAUUUAAAAUAAAAAAAUACGUAAAAAAAAACAUUUUUU